AUUUUUCAUUACCAAAACUUCUUCUUCUUCUUCCUCUCGCCAUUAACACCUGAAAAUCUCGAAACCAUAAAAGAAAGAAGAAUAGAUAAUGAGAUAAAACCUAAAAGAAUAGAUGAAAAUGGUGGGCCUUAGUAUUGUUUUGGAGUCUACUAACAACAACACUCUCAGCAACGGCUUUGCUAGUCCCAAACCGUUUCAAGUCGUCAACAAAUCCACCGCCAUCGCCUCCGAUCUCCGCCGUGGAAGCUGUCAUCCGGAUUCUGGGUUUCUCGAACGUUGUUUUCUCUGUAGAAGGAAGCUUCUUCCGGCGAAAGAUAUCUACAUGUAUAAAGGUGAUAGAGGGUUCUGUAGCGUGGAGUGUAGAUCGAAGCAGAUGGUCAUGGACGAAGAAGAAAGCUUUAGGAGAGAGAACUGUUCGUUCAUGGCUGUUAAAGCAACAAAGCCUGACUCUCCGGCCCCGACGUCUUCAGGCUUAGGCGGUGGUCAUCACCGUCACCGUCACCGUCGUGAUCCGAGAAACUGAGCAGGCGGUUUGGAGAAAGCAUUUGGAAACUGAAAAGUGUGAUUUGACUUUUCCACCCUUGGACUUAUUUUUGUCGUUUUGUUUUAUGAGAUGUAAAACCAGAAGGGUGUUUUCGGUAUUUCUAGUUUUUGCAUAUCUAUGGUAGCCCCUAGUUUUUA